GGCUGAGGAGGAGGAUUCUCAUGGAGGGAGUUGAAUUCUUUCAUUCCAACAUCCUUCAGGUUUGAAAACAAAGCUUCGGUGAAAGUGGCAGAAGAAUGAAAACAUGUGAAAGAGAUGCAGAGAACUACAAACAUACACACUCACCUGAGUCCUGUGUAAAGACCUGAGGAGUGAGAUGAUCCCUGAGUCCAGGUCCUCAGAGCAGACUAAGAAAUCGCAUGAUGAGGCUAACUCCUCUGGUGCUGUCAAUCAUUCUGAGGACGAGUCGGGAAACGAGAAUCAACAAAAGAACGUGAGAAGACGGAAAAGACCUCACAAAGGCUCAGAGAAUGUCCAACGCAAAAGUGCCCGAGCCGGCUGCAGCCGUGUCGGCAGAGCGAGAGGCGGCCGCGGUAAACGGAGACAUGUGGAGAACGUCACCCUGUUCGAGGUUCUCACUAUGGGCAGGAGUGCCAUGCGGGCGGUGAUAGACGACUGGAUUCAGGCUUACGUGACGGACAGAGACUCGUCUCUCCUCGAUCUCAUCAGCUUCUUCAUCCAGUGCUGUGGGUGCAAAGGUGUGGUCACAGCAGAGAUGUGUCAGAGCAAAGAGGACAGUGAUGUGAUGAGUAAGAUGGUGGAGGAGCUGGACGAGGUGGCGAGCAUGCAGUAUAAAAAGUUUCUGGCCUUCCCGUGGAUCCUCACAGUGACGUGGCCCAUGGACACAGACAGUGUGGAGUAUCCCCUCACACAGUCAGGUCCGUACGGUCGCUGGUUCCACUCUGAGUUCUGUGACUUUGUGUCGGUGCUGGUGGCUCAGUGUCAGCACAGCGUCGUCUUCGACAGCUACCUGAUGCACACGCUGAUCUCGCUGCUCACGGAGCUGUCCAACUCUUACAUACGGGCCUUCAGACACACCUGUACUCUCGCAGCGGUGAAGCUGUUGAGUGCUCUGGUGGGCGUGGCUCUGAGCCUAAGUGUCGGGAUUGAAAACAGUCAGAAACUGUGCAAGGUGCAGAAGACAAAGACCACGCGACAGAAAGUCACGCCGCAGCUGGAGAGAAUACAGAAGAAGAUCGCAGAGCUGCAGGGGAAGAGGGCGGAGAUAGAGAGCAUGAUGGACAUCGUCUUUAAAGGGGUUUUUCUCAAGAGAUAUCGCGAUGUGCUUCCAGAAAUUCGCUCCAUCUGCGUGGAGGAGUUGGGUUUGUGGAUGAAGCUCUACAGUUCUGAAUUCCUGAACGACACCUACCUCAAAUACAUGGGCUGGAUGAUGUACGACAAAAUACCAGAUGUGCGUCUCAAGUGUGUGUUAGGUUUGCAGCGUUUGUUUGAGGAUCCUCUGCUUCUCCCCAAACUGGACCUGUUCACCAGCCGCUUCAAGGAGCGGUUGAUCUCCAUGACGCUGGACAAGGACAAUGAAGUGUCCUUACAGACCAUGAAGCUGCUGCUUCUCAUCUCCAGAACAUGUGAUGAUGUGCUGAGUCCAGACGACUACAAGCAGCUGCUCCAGUUCGUUUACUCCUCACAGCGACCUCUAGCAGCCGCCGCAGGGGAGCUGCUCUACUCGAGGCUUCUCAGCUCUGGAGCUCAUACGUCUGAUUCCCAGGAUGAUAUAAAUGAGGAGGAGGCGCAUAAACUCCAAACAUCUGCCAGACUGAAGUCUCUGCUGCAGUUUCACCAGGAGUCUGAGCUGCACAAGCACGUAGUGUACCUGGUGGACAGCCUGUGGGACUGUGGCGGAGCUCUGCUGAAGGACUGGGCUGCCCUCACGUCCAUACUGCUGCAGGAACCGUCCUCACACGGUCCAGGUCUUACACUGGCAGAGCAAGCGCUGCUCGCAGAGAUCCUGGUGGCGUCGGUGCGUCAGGCCUCAGAGGGACCAGCCCUGGCCGGUAGAAGUGGAGCGAAGAAGGCAAUGAACGCCAGAGAAAAGAAGCUUCAGACCGAUGACUGCACUAAACUCACCCAACAUCUCCUCACUGUUCUUCCAAAGCUACUGAAUAAGUUUUCAAGUAGCGCAGAUGUCGUUGCCUCCCUGUUGAGGAUUCCUCAGUUCUUCAUCCCUGAGUGUCCUGAGGCUGAAAACACACAGGCGGUUUCCAGCCUGGUGGCGGAGCUGGGAGCUGUGUUGGACUUCCACUCGGGCCCGGCUGUUGUGGAGGCCGCGGCUCGCACCUACCUGAGUCUGUGUGGGGGGGAGACGUCCUGUGGCUCUGUGGCACGGGACGCCAGAGACUCUCUGGUCCAGACCUGGGUGGACAAACUGACAGUUCUGCUGGAGGACUCAUUGCAGGGCGACUGUUUCUCUGCUGAUGAGGAGAAAACCGGAGACAUUUUAUCCACACUGAGGAAACUGAGAGCUUUCCACAGCUGUCACGACCUCUCUCGGUGGAGUCUGUUCCAGCUGCUCUCUCCUCUCCUGUCAGCAGGAGGAGCUCCACCCGAGGUGCUGUUGGAGGUUCUGCAGUGUCUGUGUUUCUUCCUGAUCUGGUCCCUCAACGGGAGCAGUGGAACUCUGACAUCCAGAGAGAAGGCUGUGGCCCAGAGGCUCCAGCUGCGUCUGUUCUGUGAGCGGAGUCAUCACUCUCUCUCUCACUCCGACCACAGCGUCCGACAUCAGGCUUUCCUGGGUGUGUGUGACGUCCUGGUGGCUCAUUCCUACCAGACCCACGUGUGGGAUCCCACCUCCUUCGGUCCGCUGCUCCACACGCCCAGUCCCAAACUGCAGAGGGCGCUGUCGACCUUUGUAUGCAUGCACGUCUUCGUUGGCCCAGACUGUGACAGUCAGAGUAGAGUCAGCGAAGGCUCCGAGGUGGAGAGGCUGGAGGACCUUCACAGACGGAGAAAUCUGCUGGCGGCCUUCUGCAAACUGAUAGUGCACGGGGUGCUGGAGAUGAGCACGGCAGCUGAGGUCUUCAUGUAUUACACGAAGUAUUAUAACGACUUUGGAGACAUCAUCAAGGAGACCAUGUACAGGGCCAGACAGACGGAUAAGAUAGAGAGCUCUCGCACACUAGUCCUCUGUUUGCAACAGCUGUUUGUGCGACUAAAGAAGCAGCAGGAGAGCGGUGGCAGGGCUGAAGCCGGAGUCCAGACCUUCACCAGCAUCAAGGAGCUGGCCCGGCGCUUCGCCCUCACCUUCGGGGACACGGUCAAGUUUCGGGAGUGCGUCGUCAUGAUGCACAGGACGGGGAUCGAGUUUGUGUUCCAAGAGUUUAGCCAGACCCCGGAGACCCCGACGCCAGCGCUCCUCUCGUACCUCACCAUCCUCAGCGAGUUCUCCAGCAAACUGCUCAAACCAGACAAGAAGACAGUGUUCAUGUACCUGCAGAAACACACAGCGGAGCUUUUCAUAAACCUCCGAGACGAGUGCUGGCAGCCGCUCGUCUACUAUCGGGCUUCCCUGCUGACCGCAGCUGAAGGGGAGGACGCUGUGUCCGGUGUCAGCUCCGACAGGAAGCCCCCCCCGCCCAAUCGCUCUCCCUUCUCCAAACAGAAACUAGAAGGAAGUAAGUCUCCCUGCCUGUUCAGCCCUGUCGACUCCAAGGUCAGCAAAGGUCACAGAUCUAAAUUCAGUCCAAGUCAUCAGGAGAAAACAACAGACCUGGAUCCCUUUUCUAUUCCACUGGAACCUGCUGCACGAAGUCUGCACCCAGAGGGGUUCGUCCUCAGCUCCAGCAACGAGGCGGAGGACGACACUGUGGAGAUCGAGCUUUGAAUUCGAGGAGGUUGAGGAACAUCGACGAGUUUCUUUAGUUUAUUUUUUGUCUUCUGUGUUCA